AUGGAUCCUACAUUGCUCCUGAAUCAACCUGUCGGUUCACGUGCUGCAGACUGUCUAUCGGGGAUGUUGACUCAAAGCUGCUCUGAGAACAACCUGAAGUUUAUCUGUGAGUUUAAGCCUGGUGAAGAGGACUAUAAUGUGGAUAUGGAUUUUGGGUCCGUGUCAGUCAUCCUCCCUGCUCAAUGCAGUGUCCACCAGCUACGACUACGCAUCUGCAUGCAGGCACAGGAGCAGAAUUGCCAUCCAGACCCACUUGCAAUACUGGACCCAGAGAGAUACACUCUGCUAUAUGCCAGGGGAGAGGACUGGUAUGAGGCCUACGAUGACUGUCAAGUUAUCAGGACGCUAGACAUUCCAUGGUCGUGUGACGACACUGGCCAGCUGUUGGCACACAUAGUGGUAAAACCGCUGGUGGCAGUUGAUUCAGAGGAGAAACAGAAACAACAGCAGUUUCUGUCUUACCUGAUUGGACACGACCUGGAGAAAGAAGCAUCAGACAGACUGGGUGAGCUAACAUUCACCCGCAGGAAACUGGCAUCUCCAAGAAGACAAGAGCUAAGGAAUCGGGAUUACGAGUUGUAUGCCACAGAGCCUUGGGUAACAUGCGCCCCUAUCCCAAACGACUUACUAGACUGGCUAAAAAGAAAGCUUCCUGUCAACCUCCAUUACAUGAGCCAGAUCAGCUUCAGCAUACACGUUGAUUUGGGCGCAACACCUAAUGUCCUCCUUAAGGUUUUUAGAAGGGUGAUGUCAGACCAGCGAUUUGAUUACAUCAUUUCUGAUAGUCUAGCAUUGAAAGUUUCAGGAAGGGAGGAGUUUUUAUCUGGAGACUACCCCCUCACUGAUUUCCAUUGGGUUCGACAGUGCUUGAAAACCAAUCAGGAUCUCCACCUGUCUGUGAUCCCUGUGUCACAGCUUGUCGAGGAGACUGUCGAGUUUGUGGACUGGCCACUUGUUGACAGUUUCAGCGGCCAAUUCAGCUCCCAUGAAGAUCUCUGCCUCAAAGGGAAGGAUGUGGAGGACAUCUACAUGAUAUCCUUAUGGGACUGUAACAGAAAACUCCGCGUCAAACUGCUUGGCUUUGACAUCCCAAAACUUCCAAGCAAAUGCCCUCAGUCUGUUUAUGUAGAAGCCUCUAUUCUUUAUGGUAACAAGGUUCUCUCUUCAGUGUCUUCCCUUUCCAAGGCCUUCGCAGACGAAGUACUGUGGAAUGAGUGGCUUGAUUUUGAUGUUCUCCUCAGGGAUCUGCCGCGUGGAGCAAAGCUGGGUUUCACAAUUAUUGCCAGUGGUAAUGACAGCUCCCCUGCAACCAAAGACCCAAAGCCACCAUUGUCCUCAGGCAAUAAAGCACCAGACCAGCAGAAAGGGAAGGGGAAGGAACUCUACUUUGUCAAUCUUCUCCUCAUAGAUCACAGGUCUGUGCUCAGUCAGGGGCCCUACACCCUGCACAUGUGGUCCUACCCUGAUGUGGAGGAAGAGGCUGUUACCUAUCAGGCAGACAAGCUGUCCUCCGCUACCAAUCCAGACAUAGUUGAUUCUAUGGCUAUCAGCUUCCUUCUGGACCGCUACAGCUUCCCUGUGGUUCUCCCAAACAGCUUCAGCCCCUCUGAUCAUUCUGCCAGCCUUACCUCCAAACCUUCCCCGACCAAAUCUACUGCUUCUUCUUCUGCACCUUCCUCCUCCUCACCUUCCUCACCCCCAUCCAACUUUCUCAGCCCAGAUCCUUCCUCCCUGCAUCUGAAACCAAUCCAGGGCCAAUCAAAAGACAAUAUAACCUUAAGAUCCCCAUCUCCAGUGUUCAACACAAGCAAGGCUUGCCUCAGAAGAUUCCGGGAAGAGAGCGUCCGCUACGCCUCUAACCUCCCACAAUUCUUGCGAAGUGUAGAUUGGAUGAACCGCGGAGUGGUUGAAGAUGUCCACUGGUUACUUGGAAACUGGGAUCCAGGUGAACUGGACUUAACCGUGGCCCUCGAGCUGUUGAGCAUGGACUUUGCAGAUGAGACGGUCAGAAGAUUAGCAGUUCAGAGACUGGAGAGCCUGUCUAAUGACGAUGUAUUGAAGUAUUUGCUGCAGCUGGUGCAGACCCUCAAAGUGGAACCUUACCAUGACAGUUACCUCGCUCGAUACCUGAUCCAAAGAGCUCUGGGGAGCAAGAGAAUCGGCCACUUCUUCUUCUGGUAUGUCCGCAGCGAGGUGGAAGGUUGUCCGUAUUUCCGCCAACGCAUGGCUGUGAUUCUGGAGGCCUACCUGCUGGGCUGCGGUCAGGCCAUGCUCGACAGCUUCACCCAGCAGGUCCAGGCUGUGGAGGCUCUACAGGAGGUCGCUAUGAUCAUUAAGCAACACUAUCCAAACGACGUCCCUAGCACAGCUCCACUGAAGCUUCAAGAGCUUCUUCAAAACAGUAAUCUGCCUGAUGAAUUCUUGCUGCCCUUUGACCCCCGCAUCAAAGCCGGAAGGAUCCUGCUGGACAAAUGCAAAGUGAUGGCCUCGAAGAAGAAACCUCUGUGGCUGGAGUUCUCUCCCAUGCCGUCGCCCAACUUGCCUACACCCAUCGGAAUCAUCUUCAAACAAGGGGACGACCUCAGACAGGACAUGCUGGUUCUUCAAACGCUGGUGUUGAUGGACUCUAUCUGGCAGGAGAAAUCUCUGGACCUUAACCUUGUUCCAUAUGGCUGCAUCUCCACAGGACACAACAUAGGUAUGAUUGAGAUUGUGAGGAACGCAGUGACCAUCGCCGCCGUCCAGAGGAGCCACGGAGGAAAUAAUGCAGCCUUUAGAAACGACGCUCUGUUUGAGUGGCUCAAGUCCAAGUGCCCGCUUCAGGAAAUUCACUACAAUACUGUGGAGCGCUUUGUGAAGUCUUGCGCUGGUUACUGUGUUGCCACUUAUGUAUUGGGUAUAGGAGACCGUCACAAUGACAACAUCAUGAUCACUGACAAAGGGAAUCUGUUACACAUCGACUUCGGUCACAUCCUGGGUAACAGGAAGCACUUCCUCGGCGUGAGCAGGGAGCGCGUUCCGUUCGUCCUCACGCCUGACUUCCUUUAUGUCAUGGGAAGGGUCAAAGGCCGCAAAAGCCUCUACUUUCAACGGUUCAUGGACACUUGCACCAAAGCGUACCUCUCCCUGCGCUCCCACUCUCGCCUGCUGGUCACGCUCUUCUCCCUCAUGCUGCUCACAGGCAUCCCCGAGCUGAGCGCCGCAGAGGACAUGCGCUACCUGCGGGAUGCGCUCCAGGAGGAACAGGGCGAGGCCGAGGCCAGGGAGCACUUCCUCCAGCAAAUCGCUCUGUGUGAGCAGCUUGGCUGGACCGUGCAGGCUAACUGGUGGAUCCACAUGGUGGCAGGCAUCAAAUAGACUCAUAGCAGGAGGUGGGGAAAUGGAGAGAGUUCAAAUAUGGUCAUGAUUUUUGUUUUUGUUUGUUUAUGUAUCUAAAUGUAAUGUCCUGUGUCUCUCUCCUCACUUGAGAGC